AUGCAGACCUCAGGAAAGACGGUAGAUAAAAAAAUCAAACGGGAAACGUCCAAAGAUGAUCUGACUACCAAAAAACCAGAUGAAAAACUGAAGAAGAGCAUCUACAGUGUGUCUACGCCUCGUAAUUUCAUACAAAAAUCGACUACCACCGAUAUUUAUGCUAAAAAUGGCCAAGUCAAAGCACCUAAAAAGACACAAGCGGUUGUAAAAAAUAAUAAUGUAUCGCCAAUGAAAGAUCAACUCAAAUCUUCUCCAUCAUCUGUGAGUCACAAAAGCUUUAAAGGGAAGAGUGACAAAAAAACACCUAUCUCAGCAAGACCUACAACAAAAGAAGGCAAUAAUACGAAUAAAAAAAUUCCAUUCAACGUAACAGUAAAUUCUCCAUUAACAAAAAGAAAAGAUUUGGUAAAACAAGAUACUAAAACAGAAAAAGCUAAAAAAGAUUCAGCCAGAGAUGAUUCACAGAUAAAAAAGAAAAAUGAAGAUUCAAACAAAAAAGUUCUUAGUAAAAUAAAUGUGGACAUGAAAAAUUUGCCUGAAAGAAAAAGAACUAAAACAAGAACGCUAGAAGAUGAGGAAAUAAAAGUUCUUACUCCAGAAGUGGUUGAGAAUAAUACGGAGAUGUUGAAUUUAACGAAGCAGUUAAAAGCUCAGUCCAAAGCUUUCUUUGUUGAUUUAAAUGAAGAAAAGAAAGAGGUAAAAGAGAAAAAAAAGGAAAAAUCAAGUGAUGAAGAAGUCAGUUAUGAGGACGAUUUCGAGAGCUACGAAUCUGAUUUCGAUUCUUAUCACAGUGAGACUAAAACGGAUGAACUAACUAGUGAUGAUGGUAAUGAUAAUGAUGAUAAUAGUGAUCGAAAUAAUGAUGAUAAUUAUGAUAAUACUAAUGAUAUAAGUAACAAAAAUGAUAAUAAAAACGUAGACAAUGAAGACGAAGGUAAUUCGAAAGAAGAAAGAAUGUUAGACUCUGGCAACUUCGAAUUACGUGAUCCCAGAUCUGCUACCAAAUCGAAGCCUAUGGACUUCAUUACGGAGGACUUGGAAGAGGAGCAGAUUCGAGCUGAUGAUGAAGGGAAAAAGGUGUCCCUCGUUGAUGAGGGGUUCCAGGAUAUGUCCAGUGGUUUGUCUAGUAUGAAGACUUCACAUGUUGAUGUCUUGGAGAGGCCAUUAUUUAUAGAUUUUACAAAAUCAAAAGAGAAUAGACGAAAAAGGCGAAUAUUCGAAAAAUUAAAACAACGAGCUCAAAUAAUUUUAAGUAUGGUAACACUACAUGAAAUGUCAUACAAUUUAUUCGAAAUGGCACCAAUACCAUAUGAUUUAUAUAUGGCAACAUUUGGCAGAUUAAAUUACAAACAGACAGCUGUACAGACCUUUGAUGAUGGUAUCACUGAAGAGGUUCAAACUGAUGAAGUUUUAUAUGAAACAAAAUGGACUCAAAAUCCUGUGGAAUUUUCAAAUAAAGAUAUUUAUUUAAACGAAAGCAUAGUGGAAAAGGAUAAAAAUUCAGAACAAAAUUCUUUUUUUUCUAAUGAAUUAAAUAAAAAUGAGAUAAUAAGUGAUAGUUACAAAAGUAAUCCUCUCAGAAUAUAUUUAGAACAAAAAGAUGGCGUAGGCUUAGAUGCAAUGCUGCCAUAUCAAAGCUAUGAAUUAAAAUUAAAAAAUAAUACAUAUAAUGUGAAUAGAUUAAAAAAGUUUUUAAAAAAUGUAGAAAGCCGCGUUAGUAAUAUUUUAAGUAUUAACGCGGGCAGCACUGAUAUGUCAAAUAUUGUUAAAACGUCAAAAAUUCCAUUUAGCAAUGGCUAUGUGUCAAUAUCUACAAAUAAAUUAGAAGAAAAAGCAUUAUUUUUGAAAGAUUCAAAAAUUAUUGGCACGAUAUUUUCAGAGACUAAGAAUAAUUUAAUAAUGUCUAUCCACGAAAAGUCUAGUUUAAAUAGUGUUGCCAUACAAAAAUGUGUUUUGUGUUUGUGGGAUUUGAGUAUGGCAAAACGAGAGCCAAUAAAAUAUCUAAUAGCUACAGAUAACGUAAAAAUUGGAAAAUUCAGAGGAGGUACGGAUGGUUAUUUUGUUGGCGCUUUAGAAGAUGGAUCUAUACAUUUAUGGGAUUUAUCAGAAGAGGCGACAUGGUGUAAUAUUAUAGAUGAAAAUUCUACCAAUAUGGUAGAAAUGAAUUUAAGUGAAACAAAAAAAUUAACACAAACUGAAAAGGAUAGGGAGUGGAACAAUAAAAAUAGUCAUUUAAAUGAUGUAAAACAGCAAUAUGGCUGCCCUUUCCAAGCAAGUGCAUAUACAAGUAGUGCCUACAAUAUAUGUAAUAAUGAAAGUAUAGACGGUAUUGUUGGUUUGGAGUUUUUAGGAGAGCAUACAGCGAUGAGUAUGGGGAAUGGAAGGAAAAUUAUACGUCAGCUAUGCAGCUUACAAAGAAACGGAGUUUUAACAACAUGGUCAAUAAUAUAUGAAAAAACUAAAAACCCAACAAAUGACAUCGGCAAAGCCUUUUGGUCGAAAAUGUACUUAGAAAGAAGUCUAACAACUAAUUUAUCAGAAUAUUUAGAUGUAACAAUAAAUAAUAUAGAAUUGGAAAUGGAUUUCAAUUUAAAUUCGGCUAAAAAGAGAUUAAUACAUAAAAGACAAGAGAAAAAUUUCAUAAAAUCUCUUUCCCGCCAAAAGUCACUGUCAAAAUCUGACAUUGGCAGGCCAAACAGUGCUGCCAGUGUGAAAAGUAAAAGGAUUAUGGUAGAAAAUUCCGUUUGGGAUGGUAUCGAAUGUUGUCAUUUAAAAAUAAUGAAUUUAAAUAAUGUGGAUAAUUUUUUGGUGGGGAAAAAUUAUGGAGAAGUACUGUGUUGUAGACGAAGGUUGGGUAAUGUUAUAAUUAAAAGACUUAGUGUUGCCAAUUGCGUGUCAUCGAUAACUAGUUUAGAAACAUCCCCCAACAAUCUGCCAUACUUUCUAGCGGCUAGUGACUGUGGGACCGUCAGUCUGUGCUCCCUUUUAGAUCUCAGGGUUCUGCUUGCGUUGGACUGUAGAAACGGUCCAACUUUGAAUAUAGACAAAUAUCAAACGGACCACAAAGGCAGGUUCCUUGGUACUGCUGCAGUUGAAUCGCCUAACUUUGAACCGAAUAAGGAGUUUAAGUCCCCAAUACUCAGUCUGUGUCAUACUCAUCCAUUGAAUAUAGUAGCAGUGUACAGACACAAUGCACUUAUAUGGGAUCUAAAGAACAGCGACUCUAAAGUGUUGUGCGCGUGCGCAGCCACCGCUUGCGUUAGCAGCGAAAGGAAUUUGGCUCUUCUAACGCCUGAAGGCGACAUACAAGUGUACAAACUAACAGAAGAUAAGAAUCAAAUAGAAUUGUUCAAUAAAUAUGUAGCUUUAUUG